UUACUAUGGAGACUCUCAUGAAAUAGAAAAAACACCAAGUAGAAAGGAAGUAGAGCUUUUUCUUAAGAUGGAUUCGUGUCCAGAUUCGAACCUGGACUUUCUCAAGUAAAAAUUCGAGCAAUAGAACCGGUCAGUGAAUAUGCCAGUCUCGUUUCUUGUUUGGUCGCUUUGGAUUGCUAGUACUGCGCCUCCGAUCGUGACAGGCAGUCCCUGAAACCAUGCUAAAGCAGCAGUAAAAGGACAUCUGAGAGUUUCAGCCUCAAAUUUUUUGUUGUUUCCCCUCGAUGGCGAGUUAUGAUGCUCGUGGGUCCAAAACUCUGUAAUAAAUUAUGGUAUCAGGCGUGCAUAUAUAAGCAAUGUAUGUGUCCUCUGCGUAAGUACUGCAUUAAACCGGUUUGAUUAUAACAUGAUAAGCCGAAGAGCAAAGCAUCAUUAAGGGUUCUCAAGUCAAGGUAAUCUUCAAUCUGAAGUGGAGAGGGAGGAGAUGCGACGAAAUAAUUGAAAGCGUUUGAAGCUUAUAUUGAUUAUUUGUAACAUUAUAUCGUAGACGAAAGAUAUACAUCUUUUGCUAUGAAAGAGUUUGGCUAGUAAUUGGCUGGUGCACAAGUAAUCAGAUUACCGGUAUACAGCUGAUAUUCGGAAGAAUUUUGAUCGAACAUUUUUUCGAAAUUAGGAAACACAGUUACAUUUCGAAGACGUCACGAAGUUAAGUUAUUCAAAUGUCCCAUAUCCAUGUCUGUUCAAUAUAAACGAUAAAUUUCAAUAGUACAACUUUCGUGAAAAGAUGUCCGUUCACACAGCAGAGACAAUAGCUUCUCCAAAGUUACAGAUAUGUAAUGUUACCUAGGAUAUAGAAAACGAUUUCCCGGCAGACUAAACAUUUCCCACGUUACUUCUAUGCCAAGUAGUCUAUUACUGUGAUCUAGUUGCGGUAGACUUAAUGAAAAGCACAAAAAUAAGGAGACCAUUAAUCGGUUGCACUAAACCAUUGAACUAAACCAGAAGGAUUGUAUUUUAAAAAUAUCUACUUAAUUUGAGCUAUUCGUCUACAACUCAAGUCCGGUCCUAGCUGAAAUAAUCAUUUUGACCGUAUUAUCGAUCGUGUUGUUAUUCAAACCUUCUGAACCGCGUUGAGAUAUAUGCUCGUGUCGACCUUUAGGCUCACUGGCUCCACGGGUUAAUAAUAAAUAACAGGUUGAUGUGAACUAACCUAACACAAAUGGCACUCAGACGCAAACAAGAACGCGUACUACACGAAAAAUAUGACUUUGUAAAAAAAAAACAGACAUUAUCCAAUAUAUACACCUAAUCCAAUUGGCAAAUGCACCGAUAUCAGACUGCACAAAUGUCUCUCCAAUAUUUAAAGGAGUUCGGGUCAAAACCAGCUUCUUUUACCAUGGUAGACCCUGAUUUGCACGACAUCACCAGCCAGUCGUUUCUUCACCGCCAUUCGAGGGUUUAGGCAUAACCGUUGGAAGCGGUCAUCAGUGUGCGCAAGUAAACGCUACGGGACCAAAGAAGGGAGGAUGGCCUAUAAAGGAGAGCGCAGUCUGCAUAAAGCAAAUAGAGAUACCACGUGUUUUUUUUUUCUUAUACAUAACCAUUUACUUUUGUUGCGUUCUUUCUUCUGGUACUCAGUGAUGCAAAGGCUCGGAAAUGUCGUCGGUGUUAGUUGACUUUGCACGAUCAGAUAGGUUGAUCAUAUUGUGAAAUUCACUAAGCGUGUGGAGUGACUCAAAACAGAGUUUCUGUGUGAUCUAUUUAAUCGUAAGAAUACCCUUCUUUUUUGUUGCCGUUGUCUCUUUGGUUAGUAUUUUGUGCAUCUUUGCUUGAAAAGAAAAGUGCUUUCUUCAAUCGGGGGUUUCGUCGGGAAGAAACCUAACAAGGGUUCGAACAAUAGUAGAUCAGCGUUUGCCACUCAGCAGACAAACAUGUACCUAUCUAGCAUCAUGUACACUGAAUUGAAGCUGUGCAGGAAAUUUUCUUUGUUUCACUUUUGCCAAACUCAUUUCUAGUAAUUUCAUUACCUCGGCACAAGCAACUUGCUCUAAAGCAUAUUGGAUUUCCGUGGUUUUGAUGACUGGGCUGCUAAAGUUGGUGAAGACCGCGUUCUUGCCAAGCUAUCUCUGAGAAUUGCACGUUAUGCUUAUGCUAUUAUUUGUCUACCUCACAUUAAUAUCGGUAAGCAUUAGAGCAGAAGGUUUGAUAAUGGCUACGUUGAGGGCCUAAUUGGCCUUGGAGAAAGAUCAAGCUUAGAAUGGUCGUUGAUCUUGUUUGUGGACUAGGUAUGACACAAAUAGAUGAAAAUCUUUGAGUCUGGUAGCUUAAAGUUGACUUGAAUCGAUGCUUAGAAGUUUUUGUCAACAUACUUAAGAUUUUAUCUCAGAUAAGAAUGAUUCUGAUGAUCUCAUAAGUAAUCACAUACUUUUAUAUCAAUUAUACACCGUUAUACACAGUCGAUACUUACCGUCGUUUGCGUUAGGUAGUCCAGGCUGCGGCGUGCUGCAUCAAGGAAUUAAGUUGUUGAGUAUUAUAGAUAAGGGGACGCGACAGAGAACAGAUGUUUCAUGUGGCUAUUGCUGAGGGUGAAAUCGUUCGCGAGGUGGGUUCGUAUAUGCUAGAACAACAGGAUAUGUUCGCGGUGUAUUGUAGCCGGGCGACAACCUUUUCGGUGGUCUUCAACUCAUUGAUUGUCAGUUAUAAUUUCGUGUGAAAAACACUUUGUGGUAGUACACUGUCCAAUAGCGCUAGUAACAAUGGCGAAUGGACUGCGUCCCCGUUAUCGCCUGGUGGCAAAAUAUUUCCUCCACUAGAUUUUAAGAUGUUUAUUAAGGAGUGGCCUAGACUCGAAGUAAGCCGAAAACUAUUUGCGUUACCGAAGUAGUACAACCGGAAGUCAAUUUAAAGGCAUUUCUAGUCGUAGUGGUUGUAGUUUGUGUUUCGAGGCUCACAGCCCAGUCACUCGUUUAUUGCCACUAUCUUUAUCAUAAUCGGCCCUAAUAGUAAGCUUGGUUUGUACUGGGAAAUUGCGAACCAUCUUGAUCGAGCUAACAUGAGACUAUGAUUUUUUAUCGGUAAAUCACCGAUUUUGGGUAGGUUAUUGCCUAUGGAUGCCUACUGGUGGAAAUACUAACGUUUUUUUUUGUUUUCCACGAAUUAUUGACCAAUAGAAUAAGCAGCCUUCAAAUUUACUACAUAGUUUAGCGACAACGGUGGAUUCUAACUCUUGUUCCUAAUCUUCCCCUUCAAAACCGCUGUUACUGGCGUGCGUGAAGAAAAUAUACUUUCCAGUCAACGGAUAUCGUACAAGCUUACGAUCAAUGUACAAUAGGAUUUUUCGCGCCGGCCCCUGACGGCAGGAGAGGUUCGCUGUCGUUCGGGGGCAAUGCGAGCGGGACCGGGUGGCGCCUCAAAGGCCUCAAGCUUCCGAAGUCGAUGUCUGAAGUUUCACAAUUUUGUUCCCGCCGACCAGGCAAGCCAUCGAGGUGGGUCCGAUAGCACUCGCUUACAAGAACAACAUGGUACAAAGAAGAUCACAGUGGCUUCAACGUCCUGGUUGUCGGGGGUCCAACCGGUGCCCCAUGGUCAGCCCCCUCAGUGCAUGCUUCUUGCACAGCAGAACUGUCGAUCUCCGGAGGUCAUUCUCAAGUGCCCCAUCAUUUGCAACAUACACCCACCUGAUGCCCAGAGGGUGGCAAUCACACACCAUACGCUCCCGCAUCCAAUAGGCAGUAUAGUUCCGGCCGUUACAGGAUCUGGUGUCACGUUCCGAGCUCCGCUAACCAGUCCUCCCUCGCCAGUAGCUUUGGCACCGCCCAUUUCAUGUAACCUUUAUAGCCUUUUGCAUCCUGCCCCGUUUGCGCCUACGACCCACCUCACUCCUGAGGUCACAAUCACGCCGAUCGUUGGGCAAGGUGCUAUCCGUCAUAAAGGUAAUAACAACAGCUCAGACAGUUGUACAAUUGCCCCUGACUCGUUGGCAGGUGACACUUACGAUAGUGAUCUUCGGAAGCGAAAGUCUGAAGAUGUUCGUCGGUUACUAAAUUUAAAAAUCUCGCGAAAAGACUUUCAAAAAACCCAACGGGAAGAGCAACCUUUGGACCUGUCGUUAAAGAGAGACGUGUCCGAAGUUUCUGGCGGAAACGAUGACGACGUCCAAAUAGUCGGUAUUGAGCCCGGUCAUCUAGGCGCAGGUUCCCUUGUGCCCAGACCAAUAGCCCUGUAUGCCCAUUUGGGAUCUUCUGCUUCAUCACUACCUCACCUGGGGCAAGGACUUCAUCUCUCUCAACUGCCUUUUCAGCUUCCUUUAAGUCUGCCGUCUCAAUCAUCGAUGAAUCCUCCACUCACGCAGCAGUUAGCGGUACAGUCGCAAGGGCAUCUGCAGGGUAGAUUGCCCCCGCCCAUGGACGCGGGAUCGCGUUCGCCUGCAGUUUGUCUAGACGCCGUGGGCAGCAAUCACGACCGCCUGAGCUCCGGUAUCCUGGUUAAAACAAAACAAAUAUCCGAAAGCGGCGGAGCAACUUUCUGCAAGUUCCGCCAAGUUAAGCCGGGCGGACCAAGGCCCACAGUCACGAGAGCAGCCACCACGAAGGCCAAACGCUUCCAUUUCGUCCAGUCGAGAUGGCCCACGGGACAGCACCGUCCACCAGGAAAUAGUCCUGGAAAGUAGAGUAGAUUUUUCGACGAGUCUUACGUCUGGUGGCAUCGUCUUACCUUUGACAGCCUCUUCCAGCAACACGAAAGGAACUGUCUGACCACGCCCGUUGUCGAAUUUGAUUCGAUAUGUAUCAAGAAAUGUCUCCAAAUAGUCACACCGUACGUUUGUACUGCAUCAUCUGACGGUAGCGGUCGAAACGAGCGAAGCGAAUCACAGUAAUUUGCUUAUGGACGAUUCGUUUCUAUAUGUGCAGAGAUCGGUUUGUUCCCGAUAGUACGAUGAUUUAAACGUUGCGUGCUGAAAUUGUACAUAAUAAAUAUAUAUUGAUGAAAGUUUAUUAGAUGUAUCUAAGCGGACGGGCAUUGAUCAGGCAAAGGAUGUAAGAAGCGGAUAAAGCAAUACAAUCUGUCAAAUUACAAGCGAUAUACUCUAGCAUUCCUCAAACCUCCUUGAAGUAGAGAACUCGCAGCUUUAAUAGGUAGGACAUGGUUGUUGCCUGUAACGCCUUCCACAAGCAACGUCUGUGCUAAAGCUGCGUGACGGAUUCGUCAAUCAAUCGAUGAAUAAUGAUCGCACCUGUAGCUUUACAGGCCGUGCCACAUUAUUAUGAAACACGCCUAUAUACAUGAACCGUGUAGUGAUAGUACGAAUUUUGUGUUUGCCACUAUGCUAAACUACCGUAAUGUUAUGUACAUAGAAAGAUGGUUCAAUUUAAUCGAUCUAUUUAUGAGUGGACACACUAGAUGGCCGGGGUGGUGACGCAGGCUGUUUUAUCGUUUAGCCGACUCAGUCGUGUACUUUUCUUUUGCAGCACCCCCUUUGUUCCGCUUUUGCGUAAUGGGAACGUUGUUUCAGACUUACGUUUAUAUCUAGUGAUCGCUGAGGACAAUAAAAAAGAUAGCGAUGUCUAUCGUGGUUGUACUAGCCGGCGCGAACUAUAAUGGGGCACAUCUGGUGGGACCCGGCGGGACUGUUCAUUACAUCCUUCGCCAGUUAGCAGACCCGUAGUACUCUAGCAAGACAGACGGUAUGUGUUCCGUUGUUGAAUGGCUUCUCUGUUAUUCGACCGAAGAUGUCUGGCAGAUAGGAGCAGUGUUUCGGCUACCCAAAUUUACCCUCGAAUGUUACCUGUGGCACAAUUUAGGUGGUUUUUUUCGAAGAAGAGAAAGUGAUGCGAUGAGAAGACUUUUCGUAGGCAAAUGAACGAUAUUAUAGGAUGGACAGUUUAAGGCACAGCUGAAGUGUGGGUGGCUUUCAGCUCGCAAAGGAAUCUGUGUUAGAUUAACAGUGGUGCAUUUGUCUAGAAUCGAAAUUAAUCGUCUCAGGAAGACUCGAAUGAAGUUAGCGAACGUUCUCACUAGUAUGAGUUUCUGAAACUAAUUAUCUGACGGAAGCUUCUCCCGUCAAUCGCUCAGACAGACCAGACGAGCUAUUGAGGAACCCAUUAAGCGCUGGUUACCUCAAUCAAUAUGAUAAAGCGCUAUUUCAGUUCUCGUUGAAUAAACGCUUCAUUUUUUACAAAUGCAACAUUCAUAGCUAUAGCGGACAUUAAAAAAAAAAAAAAAAAAAAGCAUCUAC